AUGUCGUCUACACUUGCUCCUGACACAGUGUCAGACCGUAACCCCAUUUCCGAGAAAGAUGUCGUGUCCACGCUUGACUCGCUUGGUCUGAAAGCAAAGCCACAAAAUCUCGGAGAUUUCACGUCACUUCUUACAGGCAUCUGGGAAGUAUGGGACAAAAUAGAGCAAAUGGACGAUUAUGUCCCGGAGGUUGAUGAAGUGCGAUUUCCACGGAAAGACGUGCAUAGACCGGAAGGCGAAGCAAAUAAAUCGAACGCUUGGGCUUGGAAGUGUCACAUAGAGGAUACUACAGAUCAGAGCCAGAACGGAUUGUUAGCCGGAAAGACGAUCAAUCUCAAGGACAAUAUCGCCGUGAAAGGGGUGCCUUGCUUGAUUGGAACAGAUCUUUUCAGUGACUAUAUUCCCAACACUGAUGCGACUGUAGUUAAGCGCGUCCUCGAGGCUGGUGGAAUCAUUCAUGGAAAGGCUGUCUGUGAGAACAUGUCGUGUUGGGGGGCUUCUUGCUCCGCUGCGACUGGCCGUAUGUACAAUGUAUACGCGGAAGGCUUCUCUGCUGGAGGUUCAUCUUCUGGUACGGCCGUCUUGAUCGCUGACGGAACGUCAUGGGGAGGCAUUGGUGGCGAUCAAGGCGGGUCGAUCCGUCUUCCAUCGAGCAUGAAUGGUAUUGUUGGGCUAAAGCCUACCACUGGGCUAGUACCGUACACUGCGAUUGCUUCAUUGGAACCUAUAGUAGAUCAUACCGGACCCAUGACAAGGACUGUUCUCGACAACGCUCUUCUGCUUCAAGCUAUCGCAGGAGCCGACGGGAUUGAUGAUCGGCAACAGGCGGGUUGCCCGUAUCCCGAGGAUGUUCCCGACUACGUAAACCUUGCGAAACAAGGGGUCAAGGGCAUGAAGAUUGGUAUACUCAAGGAGUCUCUCGAUCAGCCAAUGCACGAUCCGAGAGUGAGUGAGCUGGUUGUCAAGGCUGCUAAGGCUCUUGAGGAGUUGGGUUGCAUUGUGGACGAAGUGAGCGUACCAAUGCACACGCUUGGACCAGAAUUAUGGGCUGAAAAAUUCGACAAGAUGUGGCCUAGUAUUGCCAACACACUCAUCAACGGCAAGGUAAGUGCUUAUACGAUGACGAAACCCGAAGAGGACUAA